ACCCGGCGCGAUCAGUCGUGGCCGGUGGUGCCGGAGGCCAAAGACUCUCUCAUCGCGAGGGUAGUAGACGCGCGUCGCAUUUUCCGCCGGACCUCUUCCGCUCUCGGGUAUACUUAUCUGUGUCCUCCUCACCCUCCCCCUCACGCCCCCGUUGUCCCGUACCUCCGCCGCCACCCCCGUCGCAAUCCGCCGCGCGAUAUCUGAACGUCGCCGGCUUUUAGAUCGGCCGCGCGCCGCGUAUGCACCGCGUGCACUACUCGCAGCAGCAUCGCCGUCACCGACCCCGCGACGACACGCCGCUCGUUCUCGUCGUCGAACACCAUCGCUACCGGUUUCCUGCAUCGCGCGCUGUGCACGUCGUCGCCGACGACGACGACGACGACGACGACGACGACGACGACGAUAGCGACGAGGAGAACGUCGGCGGCGGUGACGACGACGACGACGACGACGACGACGACGACGACGACAACGACGACGACGAUCCGGCAACAGCCCGACGGCACCGCGACACGAUCACGAGAAUCAGGGUGACGCUGAAACAGACGUGCAUUCUUCUUCGAGGACUAGGCGCGCCGAGCCGCUCGGUCGAGCGUGGAAUUCGACCACAAGAUCGAAGGAUGCUGGCCCGCUACCUAAUCUUCGCAGGUGCAGCUGCUGUAGUAACGUCCGCAGGCGGGCACGGCUUCGACGCGCACCUACGCGGCCCCAGUUUCGUACUGGAACCGCCGUCGAGGAUUGAAUUCUCGAAUUCCAGCGGCGCCUGGUUGGACUGUACGGCUUCCGGAAGUCCGCCGCCCAACAUCGACUGGUCCACCACGGACGGGCAUCCGGUGAACGAUGUGUCGGGCGUGCGAAGAGUACUCAGAAAUGGUACCCUGGUGCUCCUGCCAUUUCCGGCCGCGGCCUAUCGGCAGGACGUUCAUAGCGCCGCGUACAGAUGCGUCGCGAGCAACACCGUCGGCAGAGUGCUCAGUCGCGAUGUACAAGUCAGAGCAGUGGUGGCUCAGGCAUACAAAGUCGAGGUGGAGGUGACGGGGGGCGCAUCGAGGGGAUGCACCGCAAUAUUACGCUGCAUCAUACCCAGCUACGUCAAAGAUUUGGUGCGCGUCGUAUCCUGGCUGCACGAACCUUCAUCCUACAUAUACCCCUCGCUACAAGGAGAUGGCAAGUUCCACCUGCUUCCCACGGGAGAGCUUCUGGUGCACAGCCUCGAGUUCAGCGACCAGCUGAACGGCUACAGAUGCCGCACGAUGCACCGUCUCACGAGACAAGUGGUCGUUAGCUCUAUAGCCAACAUUAGGAUAGCAGAUCAUAGAGGCGUAAUGCCUCCCGUGAUACUCGAAAACUCCGGUGUCGUUCACGUCGCCCAGGACGAAUCGACGUCGUUAGUCUGCGUGGCGCAAGCCUGCCCCUCGCCCGAGUAUCGGUGGUACGCGCAAACAGGAGCAGAGCCAAUGUUGGUACUCUCCGGACCCAGAACCAGACUUCUCGGUUCCGUGCUGGCCAUCGAGGCCGUAACGUUAGAGGACAGCGGGGUAUAUCGCUGCUCCGCUUCCAAUCCUGGUGGCGAGGCGAGCGCCGAGAUCAGGUUAAUCGUGACGGCGCCUUUGCACGUGGAAGUGACGCCUCCGUUGCUCAGUGUUCACUUAGGAGGCAACGCCGAGUUCAGAUGCGAGGUUGGCACGCAUCCGCAGGCUGGACCGCACUUUAUCACGUGGUACAAGGACGGUCGGCAACUUCCAGGGUCGGGAAGGCAAUCGGAAUUAUUAAAGCUCAACGGAAUCGGAAGGGAGGAUCGCGGCAUGUAUCAAUGCAUUGUGAGAAGGUCGGAAGGCGAUACCGCUCAAGCAUCGGCGGAAUUACAAUUGGGCGACGCGCCGCCUGUGCUGCUGUACUCGUUCAUCGAGCAAACUCUCCAGCCAGGACCCGCCGUGUCCUUAAAAUGUUCCGCAGCGGGAAAUCCUACACCUCAGGUAUCAUGGGCGUUGGACGGUUUUCCCUUACCGACUAAUGGAAGGUUCGUCAUUGGCCAGUACGUGACGGUGCAUGGCGACGUAAUAUCCCACGUCAAUAUAAGCCACGUCAUGGUGGAAGACGGAGGUGAAUAUUCCUGCACUGCCGAAAAUCGCGCGGGAAAGGUGACACAUGCUGCGCGACUGAACGUAUACGGGCUUCCGUAUAUACGCCUGAUCCCGAAAGUAACCGCGGUCGCCGGCGAAACUCUCCGUUUAAAGUGCCCGGUGGCCGGAUAUCCGAUCGAGGAAAUCAAGUGGGAGAGAGCCAAUCGCGAAUUACCGGACGAUCUGCGUCAAAAGGUGCUCCCGGACGGCACCCUGAUGAUCAGCAGCGUGCAGAAGAAAGGCGACGCCGGGGUGUACACCUGUUGGGCUAGGAAUAAGCAAGGUCACAGCGCCAGGAGAUCCGGAGACGUCGCAGUGAUCGUUCCCCCCAAAAUUAGCCCGUUCACGGCAGAUCGCGACCUGCAUCUCGGCGAACGCACCACCCUGACGUGCUCGGUGACCAGAGGCGAUCUGCCGCUGUCUAUCACGUGGCUCAAGGAUGGACGUUCGGUGGGGCCGUCGGAGCGCGUCACUGUCACCAAUAUGGACCAGUACAAUAGCAUACUGAUGAUUGAAAGUUUAUCUCCAGAUCACAACGGCAACUACUCGUGCGUGGCCCGUAACGUGGCCGCAGAGGUAUCGCACAUGCAGCGGCUUGUGGUUCAUGUACCCCCUAUUAUUGAGCCAUUUACGUUCCAAGAGGGACUAUCCGAGGGGAUGCGGACGCGGACGGUGUGCGGGGUCGCGGCGGGAGAUCCACCCUUGACCAUAUCCUGGCUGAAAGACGGCCAAAGUCCCUUUCCCUUGCCGCCGAAUCUGGCAUCCGUCGCAAACGUCUCCCAACUGGAUCCCUACUCGAGCCUCCUCAGUAUAACGAAUCUCGCGGCCGAGCACUCCGGCGACUAUACCUGCGUCGCCGCGAACCCCGCCGCCGAGGUCAGGUACACGGCCAAGCUACAGGUAAAAGUGCCACCCAGAUGGAUCGUCGAGCCGACCGACGUGAGCGUCGAGAGGAAUCGUCACGUCGCGCUGCACUGCCAGGCGCAGGGCGUCCCGACGCCGACGAUCGUGUGGAAAAAAGCAACCGGAAGCAAAGCCGGUGAUUACGAGGAGUUGCGCGAAAGAACGUAUACCAAGAUCCUGAGCAACGGCACUCUAUUGUUGCAACACGUGAAAGAAGACAGGGAGGGCUUCUACCUGUGCCAUGCGAGCAAUGGCAUUGGGAGCGGUCUGGGCAAAGUCGUGCAGUUAAAGGUCAAUUCGUCACCGUAUUUCGCGGCACCGUCGCGGCUUGUUACCGUAAAGAAAGGAGACACGGCGACAUUACACUGCGAGGUACACGGCGAUAAGCCGGUUACCGUUACCUGGCUGAAAGGCGGUAAAAGCGAGCUGAAUCCCUCGACGAAUUACCGCGUCGCAGUGAAGCAGGAAGUAACGCCGGACGGUGUCAUCGCGCAAUUGCAAAUCUCAUCGGCGGAAGCCGCUGACAGCGGUGCGUACUUCUGCCAGGCGAACAAUCUUUACGGCCGCGAUCAGCAGCUGGUGCAACUCCUCGUACAAGAGCCGCCCCAACCGCCGACCGCCUUGGAAACUGCCAUGGUGGCCAGUCGUAGCAUUAACGUUAAGUGGCAGCAUAAGUCGCAGGACACCAGCGAGGUCACCAAGUACAUCCUCCAAUACAAAGAGGGCGAGGGCGGAAUAUGGCAGCAACAAGAGUUUACCGGACCACCCUUGCCGUACGCGGCACUAAUCGAUGAUUUAAAACCCGCCACGAGAUACACCAUACAUGUAAUAGCGGAAGGUCCAGCUGGGCGAUCUGUUCCCUCACCGGAGCUCAUUGUCAGAACCGAGCCGCAGAAACCAGCUGGUCCGCCAAUGAAUCUCGCAGCCAGAUCUCUCUCCUCGUCCGAGAUACUCGUUACUUGGUCACCGCCAUUGCUUGAGCUUCGUCACGGUGACAUACAGGGCUUUAAUGUCGGUUACAAGGAAACGAGCUCGAACAACCCAUCGUACAACUUCAGCUCCGUCUCGGGCGAUGGUGAGGAAGGCGGCGGAGAGCUUCGACUUACGGGUCUUAGGCCGUACACCAGAUACACUCUCGUCGUCCGUGCUUACAAUCAGGUUGGGCCAGGACCUCUGUCCGAACCUCUGAUCACGCAAACCUUGGAAGACGUUCCCAGCAUGCCACCGGAUGACGUGAGAUGCGCCGCACUCACCUCUCAGUCCUUGCAAGUGUCUUGGCAACCCCCGCCUAGCAGUCAUAGUAACGGCAUUAUCCAAGGCUACAAAUUGAAUUACGAACCGAUUUUGGCGGAUGCGUGGCGAGGGGUAGACGAGAUGGAGGUUCGUAAAACAAGCGCCCUGACAACGGUCCUAACUGGACUUAGACGGUACACCAAUUACACUAUCCAGGUUUUGGCUUAUACCAGAAUUGGCGACGGUGUGCCUUCCGCGACGAUUUACUGCCAGACGGAGGAAGACGUGCCGGGUAGUCCAGCUGAUAUCAAGGUUGUCGUGAGUUCACCGCAGGCUCUCUUCAUCUCAUGGCUACCGCCGCUCGAGCCAAACGGAGUUAUUACGAAAUACAAUCUUUACACAAGAGUUGUCGACGGACGGGAGGAGCUCAAUCACGGCAAGAAGACGUUACCGGCGACGAGCACGUUUUUUGAGGCGACUGACUUGCAGCAACACGUAGAGUAUCAAUUCUGGGUGACUGGCAGUACUCGGAUGGGCGAGGGCCAGAGUUCGAGGGUGGCGGCGCAAGUGCCGACGAAUCGAGUGCCAGCCAGGAUCACGUCCUUCGGCGGGCACGUGGUGCGUCCGUGGCGGGGUUCGGUGACUUUGGCGUGCAACGCGGUCGGGGAUCCGACAAGGGACUGGUACAAGAGUACGACGGAACAGAUACGUACCGAUUCUACCAGGAACGUGCAGAUCCUUACGACCGGGGAGCUCGUGUUGUCGAAUCUGCAGUCGCAAGACAGCGGGAAUUAUACCUGUCAAGUGGAGAACUCCCAAGGCAGCGACAAGCUACACUACACCCUCACGGUGCAAGUUCCGCCCAGUGCACCUGUGUUGUACGUAACCAGCUCUACCUCGAGCAGCGUGUUAUUACAUUGGAAAUCUGAGCAUAACGGCGGUGCGCCUUUGACGGGCUAUACAUUGUAUUACCGAACUACUCACGGAACCCUUGAUGAGUUACAGUUAUCUCGCCAUGCUACUAGUCACGAAUUAAAGGGGCUCCUGUGCGGUAACACGUAUCAGUUGUAUUUGACAUCGCAUAAUAAAAUCGGCAACAGUCCGUCGUCGCCGGUGCUUUCGGUUCGAACUCAAGGCCAAGCUCCGGGAAUUCCACCGUCAGCCGCUUUCCUCAAUCCAAACUCCACCACUCUGGUGCUACGAUUGCACGUCUGGCCCGACAAUGGUUGCCCAAUAAAGUACUUCGUUAUUCAGUACAGGCCGGUAAAUGAGUUUCAUUGGACCCUGGUGUCGAACAAUAUCAAGAUGCAACGGCGAUUCGUCGUAACAAAUUUAACACCUAGUUCGGUCUAUCAACUCAAAGUCGAGGCUCAUAAUGUGGCCGGCAGCAAUCAGGCGGAAUUCACAUUUAUUACUUUGACAAAAGAAGGUGAAGUACCGCCACCAGGGCUGUCAAAGCCCGGUAUGACGUCGACUAUGUCGUUUUAUACGGAUAUUAAAGUGUUACUGCCGUUGCUCAUUGCUACUAUCGCGUUGGUCGCCGCAGCGGUGAUCGUCGCCUUUCGCUGGAAAAACAAAAUUGGAAGAGUUAAUGGAAGAAUGCGUUUGCCAGGAUACUUGGGAGGUCAAAUGCAACGGCCGAUGAAAGAGUCGCAGGAGAAUCAACAGAAUGCAGAAACGCAACGAGAACGUUAUUACGCCACGAUACAUAAAGUGGCAUUGCAACAAGCGGCGAAUACGGGCACGGGGCCCGACAAGAUUCCAGGUGAACCUUUGUUACGAUAUGGACAACCAUCAGAGACAGCGGAGGACAUUUCGCCGUACGCUACGUUCCAGCUUUCGGAGGGUGGCGGGGGAAGCCUGGCAGGGUUGGGCGCGUUGGGCGGACUGGGAGGCGCGGCGGAGGCCACGGCGGCCGGUCUCCACCCGAACAACACCCUUCUGCACAGCUUCAUGUAUCACGAGCACGCCAUGACCGAAGGGUGCGCGAGCCCUCCACCGGCGGCGACGAGCAUGAAGAGCGUGUCGUCGAGAAGGCGACAGCAGAGAAAGCAGCAAACCCCAGGCGAUGUCGAGAGCGACGAGAGCGAGUCUGACCCGGACCAACUGAUCAGCUCGCGCACGGAAUCGUCGAAUCAGCUGGACGCUGGGAAAUUAAAACAUAUUCGCGCAGUCUCGGACUUUAUCUAUCACGGCACGUCGAGCACAUCUUCGGACAUUUCUCCCAUGUCGGAACAGAAGUCACUGCCACGGAGGGGGCGAUCAAGAUGGCAUGUUCCCAGCAGGAGCUCUCUACGCACACUACUACCGCCGAUCUCGGUCGCGGAGACCGCGUUCGUCGGUGGCAAUCAGGGGGCGGUUGUGCCCACGCCGGGGAACGGGGACCGACCGGAGCUCAGCGAGGCUGAGUGCGACAUCGAUUCCCUGAAGAAGCUGAAAUUGGGGCUGCGGAGCUCUCUAUGGUCGCGGCCGAGCACUCAAAAUAAUCCCUCCUCGGAUUACUCCAUCGCUGUCUAAUCUGUUUCCCGGAUGUCACAACCCCCACGAUAGCUUCCAUUUUUCUCUUAACCCCGUGGGCCAAAGAUUAGAUAAAUUGAUCUCUUCCCUUCGUGUCUCGUCGAAAAUUUUCUCGUGGCCAUUCGUAGGGCCACUCGACUGCCACAUCUUCUGUCGACGAUAGAUAAAUAAUUAUAUUCGGCUCGUUAACGACGAUCGAGGAAGAGGCAUGCAUAAAUUAAGAUCGCGGGAAAGAUCGAGGCAACGAGGAAAGACGAGUAUAGAAGAACAUACGUGCGCACAUAGAGUCAAAUAAAAAAAGACGAUUUCUCGACACAUAAAAAAAUUUUAAUCCUAGACAUUUUUAAAUUACGUUAUUAUUGAUCAAUUUACAAAAUAAAAAAAUUUUUCAUUCCAUAAAUAUUGACUUUACAAUACAUAGGUAACGAUGUAACACCCUGUAAAAUUGUUCUUCUAUAGACGUGUUUCUUCGUUGAUCGAGCCAAGAGAGCUAGUCGAAAGUAUCUAUAACUAGGGGGCGGUUGUCCUCUUCCUUGUUUACGCGCGACGCGAGAUAACACACGUGCGUGGAGUGCGUGGAGUGCGUGAGUGAUCGAGUCCGAGUGCGUGGAUGAUCGUCGAAUCGCGUGUACGAAUGCGUGCCAAAACGACAAUUUGCUCAGACCGCUGCGAGUCGUUUCGCCGGCGGGCGAUCCAUUCGAGACCAAAGACUUAAUCGUACGAACAGAGCACGGAAAAGUACCUCGCGUAUCAUGAACAAGAGAGAUGGCAAGCUGCAUCUGUUUCUAUUCGAAAAAUUCCUUUUCAUUUAUAUCACUUUUAUAUCAUUGUUUUGUUUAAUCCUUCCCUGUAAUUUUCAUCAUCAUAUAUGCAUAUCGUAUAUAUUAUUAUAUAUUACAUUACGAUAUUAUAAGAUACAUGUAUUAAAUUUGCAAGACUGCAAGAGAUUUUAAUUCAUUCAUUUAUACAAAAUAUUUGAUAUCGAAAAUCAUUAUUUCUUUAUUAUUUUAUUUCUCGUUAUAUUAAUUAAUCGCUAUUCAUAUCUGAUCAUUAUAUUAUUUAUUACUAUAUUUAGUUCUUUUUUUGGUCUAUUAAUUUUUUUUUUUUACGUGUUUACAUUUCGUUCACAUUAUUGACAUUUAAUAAGACUUUCUUUCCCAUUUUCGAUAAAUAUUGUAUGAAGCAGCUCUCGCCAUCCUGAAAAUUAUGCUCGUCUGUGUUCGGUGUGCGCAUGUUAUGCGCACGAAUCGGGAUGAGAACGGAUCGGAAAGGAGAAGAGACCGGACUUCCGAGUCCUCUAAAAAGCGGAUCGUUGACGGUUGGGCUCUGUUGCAUUGUAAAGUUUAUAUACGUACGAAUAUAGUACCGUUGAUUACUUUAAGUCCGUUAUUAAACCUAAGACUUCUAUGUAGAACGUUUACCUGUACGCGGAGCGCGUUACGAUCGGAGGGAUCGAGUACGAGGCUAAUCGUAGCGGUCUCGUUUUUCCCGCUCUGUAAAAAGAUUUUCGGCCGGGACGCUUGAAGGGAGAGCCGCCGCGAGCUCUCCCUUUUUCAGAUCUCUCUCUCUCUCUCUCUCUCUCUCUCUUUCUCUCUCUUUUGUAAUGUCGUGCACCUUCGAGACUUUGUGAUCCGAUGCGACCAAUCUUACUAUUAUGCAAUAAGUCGUACCUCCUUUUCAGACUGAACACGAAAGUACUACGAAAAAAAAUUGCCAUUAGAUUUAAUUAAUAACGCGCGCAUCCUGCUGCGCCGCGAGCUUCCAAUAUGUCCACGACACUGCCAUUCCGCAGACUACCUAUCGCGAUCUGAACGGUCAAACUGAGAUCACUUUAUACAUUUCGGAACAAAAAGAAAAAAGAAAUACGUUUUUGUAACUUUUAUCCAGAUCAUAGUGACGUUUUUUAAGUAAAGGAAAACUGUUUGGCCCUUUUUCUUCCGCCAACAAACUCUAGUUAAGUAUGGACUGUACGAAUGUUUCAUAUUCAGAUUCAGACCUCUGUGAUGGCGUACGUACUUCUUAGUUAAUUUCAGCGCGAAGGAAGCUGCUCUGAAUUUAUUGUACACUACUGUACAUGUCGACCUUACGAAAAAGAGAAGGAUUAAGGGAUUAAAAAAUUCUAGUCAUGCCAUAAUGUUAAGUGACGUUUAGAAUUUUCGGUUUAUUGCAAGGUAAUGCUGAUAAAUUAAGAAAAGUUGUGCGCGACACUACGAAGACGAGGCAGUAGAUAAUGCGUAUGUAGAGAAUACAAUAUCGUUUGAGUGUACACGGGCAUCGGGACGCGUGUAUUACAGGCACGCGUACGUUAAUGUAUAUAAAGGAAGCACGUCAAUCAAACUCGUAGUGUUCGAUUAAAUUCGAUAGAGCAAUCUUCGAAGAGGACGAAGUGCGAUUCGCCGUCUUAUUCUUGGUGCGGUUGCCGGACAUUUUCGCCGAUACGAUUUUUGUACAGUUUUUCUUGCGUCACGGACCGACCGAGUUCUGUCAGUAUCUUGCCGUAAACCUUUCAGGGACCAGUUUGCUUCGUUGUCAUAAUCGUGUAAGACAUAAUCGUCUAAUAUAUAAAAGUAUUCAAUGACUGAUCAACGAUCUCGAACAAGCCCGAUCAACGAAUUUUUUACUAGGCAAUUUUUCACAAAGCUAAUUUAGAUUAUUUGUAGGCGGAAUCUCGCCAUUUAUCCGAUUGCAAUUUGAUACUUAAAGAUCUCGUCGCGCUAAGGUACUUUUGGUCGAUUUUUACAUUAUAUACCGCGAAAAAUUACACGGUCCUCGAAGGAUGACAUGCAGUGACACAACUCGGUGCAUCCUCCGUCACCAUAUGCGAUAAUCCCUACAGCUCGAAGAAUAUACCUUAAUUGUUGCGUCUACCUGUAUGUGGAUGGAGGGGGCGAGCGAACAAAUCAAAUGGACAAUUGUUACUGUAACUACGAUUAAUUAAACGUCGUUAUAGAGGGAGGGAAAGCUUAUACCGGCGCGAGUGUGGCGCGGACGGUCCAAUCAGUGGCGCGAGAUUGCGCAAAAGUCAUCGCAAAAGAGUUCCGUGAAACGAAAGGAAGCUCGCAAAUUCUUUCUCCGUUCUGCGAUCGGAGGUUGUACGAUUAAAACGAAUUGUCGAUUAAAUUUAAACUGUAUUAAAUCUGUGGUACGGCAUUUCGACGAUGCAUUGUGUCGAUCGUAGAAUCGAUUAAAUAAAUUGAUAUCGUGUAAAGUAA